AUGAUUUUCCUUGAUGGAGCAAUUAAUUUCUUGGACGCCCCAUACCCAAAACUCAGCGACUACAGAGGCUCAGUUCUGAGGCCACAUAGUAUGGUCCUUUUUUCCGACUCAGAGUGCGAGUUCGAAACAUCUCUGCUUAAGUUCACGAAACAGCUGGUGGUGUUGCAGUCGCUCAAUAUGUGGCAUACGUACGCUGCGCCACAAGGAUAUAGUCCUCCAUCAUCGGGAGGUGGUUUCUCCGCGGGAGGAGGUGGAGGAUUUUCCGGAGGAGGAUUCUCUGGUGGUGGAGGAUUCUCUAGCGUUGGAGGAAUCUCUGGUGGUGCUUUCUCCGGCAGGGGAGGUGGAGGUGGAGGAUCUGGAUAUGGAGGAGGAUGCAAUGCGGGUGAGGUUCUUCAUGUUGACGGCUCCUGUGUCGUUCCCAUAAUCUCACGGAACGUAUUUGUCUAUGAUGCUCCCGAACAGAAAGAAGAAAGCGGUCCACCGCCAAGUAUUCCUCCACCAAGAAUCGACCACAAUAUCCUAUUUGUCCGCGUUCCUGAGAAGGGAGCAGCGCCUGAGCCAAUCAUCGUUCCUCCACCACGGCAACAGAGCGUGGUGUACGUCCUGAACAAGGACGAUGGAGGAGGAGGACAGCAAGUGAUCGAAGUGACAGCUCCUCCACCGUCCAACCCUGAGGUUUACUUCGUCAACUAUGCUGAAGGUGAUAACCCUCAACUGCCUAUUGGAGUUGAUCUCCAGACUGCUCUCCAAGCGGCUGCCAACGGCGGAGGACAAGUCAUCGGCGGAGGUUCAGGAGGCGGAUUUGGCGGUGGUUCUGGUAGCGGAUUUGGCGGUGGUUCCGGCGGCGGAUUUGGCGGUGGUUCCGGUGGUGGUUCUGGUGGCGGAUUUGGCGGAGGUUCUGGUGGUCUUGGUGGGGGUUCUGGUGGUAAUUAUGGCCCUCCACCCGCUCCCUCGAACACUUACUCAGGGCCCUGA